AUGUGGCCGAGUCAAGAAAAGGUGGAACUCGAUGUUCCUGAUGAAAUGAAGGCAUGUGUGCUGUUCCACGGAAUAUCGUUUACGACUCCAUCGAUCGAUAUCCAUGUAACGGCACGAUGGGGAAGGCUGAUUCGAAUAGCUGCUAGUGUUAUAAGAUUCAUCAACAACUGUCGGAGAAAAGCAAAGAGUCAUCCUAUUUUUGUGUCGAAAGCUAGUAGUUCACUAGAAGUAUUCGUGAAGAAAACUCCUAAAUGUAUUUUGAAGCCGCUGUGUCAAGAAGAACUUCGCGCGGGAGAAAUAAUUUUGUUGAAACAGGCACAACGCGAUGGAUUUCCUGAGGAGGUACGCACGUUGGAAGAACGGAGAGAUUCCAACUCGUGGGUGCUUGUUGAAAAAUCCAGCUGGUUGUAUCAGUUGCGUCCAAUCAUCAAUACUGAUGGGGUAGUCAGGAUGAGCGGCAGAUUGGCGUUGGCUGAAGAAAUUCCCUUCGACCAGAAGUUUCCGAUUAUUCUACCUAGACGGCACGGUAUCACAGAGAUGAUCAUUCAGAGCUAUCACGAAAGGUUUGGUCAUGCAAAUCGGGAAACAGUUUUCAAUGAACUCCGUCAACGUUUGUACAUUCCAAAACUCCGAUCGGUAAUAACAACAGUCGUGAAAAACUGCACCUGGUGCCGUGUCAAGCGGAGUCAACCAAAGAACCCGUUGAUGGCACCACUCCCAGUCCAACGAGUGACUCGACCAUUGCGGCCCUUUUGCUCGGUAGGCGUCGACUAUCUUGGUCCUAUAGAAGUCUCGGUCGGUCGAAGAAAGGAAAAGAGAUGGGUUGCGUUGUUCACGUGCCUCGCAGUGAGAGCAGUGCAUCUCGAGGUGGUGCAUACCCUAAGCACACAGGCGUGUCUGAUGGCGAUCAGGCGAUUUAUUUGCAGAAGAGGUUCACCCGACGAGUUCUUCUCAGACAACGAGACGAAUUUCAGGGGUGCUAGCAAGGAAAUGUCCAACACGGUGAAGAAAAUCAACGUGGAAUGUACGGAGAGCGUUACUAGUCCGACAAUCAAGUGGCACUUCAUUCCCCCUGGAACUCCACACAUGGGUGGAGCUUGGGAGAGAAUGGUACAAUCGGUGAAGGAAGCUAUGGAGGCGUUCAACGACGGCAGGAAGUUGACGGAUGAGAUUCUUCUGACCACGUUGAGCGAAGCGGAAGAUAUGAUUAAUACUCGUCCCUUGACAUAUUCUUCACAAGAGUCGGAGCUCAAGGCAAUCACGCCUAAUCAUUUAUUACGAUGCGUGGUCAAGGAGGCAGAUAGCACGAUCGAACACGUUGAUCUGGCGGAAUCGUUGCGAAACUUGCACAAACGGUCACAAUACUUGGCAGACAGGAUGUGGCAGAGGUGGUGCAAGGAGUACCUACCAGGAAUCAAUCGGCGGACAAAGUGGUACGAGGAUCAAAAGGCUUUGAAAGUUGGUGAUAUGGUAUUCGUAGUAGACGGAGAGCACCGAAAGAACUGGGUCCAUGGAGUUGUCGAGGAGGUUAUCGAAGGAGCAGAUGGUAACGUCCGCCAAGCGAUGGUUCGGACGACGAAAGGAGUGUUCAGAAGAGCGGUGGCCAAUCUGGCAGUGGUCGAGAUUGCUGGUAAAACCGGAAUUGGCUAA